UUUUUACUUCAAUAGUAAUAUAAUUUUAAAUGAAAUUGUUGAAGCAAAACUGUUGAAGCAAAAACUAAUUUCGUAUGUUUUAAUAACCGAUGUUUAUAUCUAGCAAAGUUGUUAAUCUUUACAUUACACUGGAUAAUGUUUUACUAGAUUGUUAUAACUGAAAAUCUUUAAAAAAAAGUUCCCGGCAGACACUAUUUACAAAUAUGCCGGAAGAGAACGCAAGGAAGAAUGACAGACAUGAAACAAAAACAGAACAAGUCAUGGACACGGGAUAUGCGUGGAUUAUAUUGUUUGGAAGUGUUAUCAUUUACCUGCUCGGGUUAGGAUCUUUGAAAUCUUUUGGUGUGUUGUACACAGAGAUGUUGGAUCAUUUCUCGGCAGGAUCCGGAAAUACAGCUUGGAUAGGAAGCAUAACCUGGUUUCUUUUACAGGUCCUUGCACCAUUGGCAAGUUUUCUAUGCAGAAGAUACUCCUUCCGAUUGGUUUCGCUUGUUGGUGGUUUAAUGGUCGGAUGUGGUUAUUUCUUGUCCGGAUUUGUAACUCGAAUUGAGCUUAUGUACUUAACCUUUACAAUUAUUGGUAUCGGAUAUUGUUUGUCAUACGUGUCAGCUGCCAUUAUUAUCAGCUUAUAUUUCAAGAAAAGAAGAACUUUAGCAAAUGGCGUAAUGGUAUCAGCCGGAGGGAUAGCUGUUCUUUCGUUCCCAUCCCUUUACAGGUUUUUAAUUGACAAAUAUGGUCUAUCACAAGCACUUUGGGUGAUAGGUGCAAUCGUUUCAAACAUUUGUGUGGCAGGCUGUUUAUUUCGGGAGCCAAACAAACCACCCCCAAGCAAUAAUGAACAGGCAAGAAUUGAAGAAAGCAUUUCGGGUGAAACUGAUGAAAACCAGAAAAAAUGUUGCAAUGCACUUAACUUAAAUUUUUCUUUGUUUAAGAACAGACGUUUCACACUGUUAGUUAUAGCUUUCACUGUCUGUACAUUUGGUCACAUAAGCAAUUACAUUUUAAUUCCUGCCCAUAUAAAAGCACUUGGGUAUAGUAACACUUAUAUUACGAUAGGUGUUUCUAUAACUGGUGGUGCAGAAUUGAUCGCAAGGAUUGUUGUAGGAUGGUUUGCAGAUCUGAAUAUUAUUCAAAAGAAAUAUAUAUUCGUAGUUUGUAUGUUUGUUGGAGGAGUGUUUGCUUUGAUAUCACCACUGUUCGAUUCUUUUACGUUUAUGGCAGUAUACGCCGGAGUUGCGGCAGCGUUUCCAGCGUCAUACCUUGCCCUUAUAUCAGUCUUAGCGAUUGAAAGAGUGGGCAUGGAAAAUUUCCCAGCAGCCUUCUCGAUCAUAUUUGUCUUUAUGUCAAUUCCGUCUUUGAUCUGCCAGCCUAUAGCAGGUUGGAUGGCAGAUUAUUACGGAAGCUGGUAUCCUGCUUUUAUCUUAACCGGCAUUGUUCUAAUUUGUGCUAGUGUUAUACUUUUACUAGAACCAGUUGUCAUCCGACAUGGCAUGGGUAAGACCUAUUCAUUAAAAAAUGUUGAUAAAGAAUUGGCAUCUCGAGUUAACUUAGCGUAUAGACAUGACAGACAAGAGGAUAAUUUAAAUAAUACUGAUAAAGUGGAAGAAACACACUUACCCAAUAAGGAAAUGUAAAUCCAGAAGAAAAAAAGAAACAUAUAAAUUGAAAAUCAUACAUUUACAUUUGUAUAAGAAUAUUACGUUAUAUAUUAUCAAGUGCAAGGAUUUUUCUUUGUUUGAUGACACUUAAAAUAAAUAAAACGUCUUAAUAUGUGUUCUUGUGGUUAAUAAAAACUGGAGUUAUUGUUUUGAGUAAAAUAUUUUACAUCCUUGCAUUGUGUAUUAUCAAGAUUAAAAGAUUUGUUUUUGUCAAAAAUUGAUGGUAAGCUAAUCAAAUACUGUCCUCUUCAACACGACGAUGAAAUUAUUAUGUCUGGAAGUAUGUUUGGAACAAUGAUAUUGGUAUGAAUAGGAAGGCGAAAGUACAAGAAGUAAUUGUUUGUAAUUCAAAGUUUUAAUAAAAUACGCACAUGUACUACCUUUUGUCAAUUUUAUAACAGUCAUACUGUAAUCAUCUCAAUGACAUUUGUGAAAUUUGAACUUAAGCACGAUCUCAGAUCGUGUCCACUAUUGUAAGUAAACAUUU